GACAAGCACCUGGCACAUACAAUCUAAUACACAUCAUUAAGUAUUUAUAUAUUUCUAACCCUCUUUUGAUAUAAACUACACCGAUUUUUGUACAGGGUAUCGUUCUCAGGGAUUCGUCUGACGAGAAUAGAAGAAAUAUAAGACGAAGGUGACAUAUAUAUUCAUAUGACCGGUGGACGAUAAGACUAAUGAAGACAUAUUUAUUUAUGACACCGGAAGAAUAAUAUUGCGUUUUGCAUGUGAAAGUUCUCUAAUUUUUUACCAACAUGUAAACAACACACAAACACACUUCUGUGUGUUUUAAUUUGAUAUUAUUUAGAGUAAAUCGCCUCAUUAUGACAUUCUCUGUCUCUGUUUCCACCUCUACGUGAGAUAUAUUCCGUACGGUUUCUAUGAUUUUCAUUUAUAACGGACACAACUAGUAAUUAUAUGAAAUCUUUUGUCAAGAGGCCAAUUGGUGGCAAUUUCAAUGUCUUGCUUUAACUUCUCCUCUCUAUAAUCAAACUGGAAAACUAGAUCGGACCACCAGAGUCACAUGGGAGGUGAAGAAGACAAUAUGGCUAAGUUGAGUUGUACCAAUGUUUCAAUAUUUCUGCUGAAUUUUCUUCAAUAAGUGAGUAUAGAAUAAAGAAAAGAUGGCAGUGACAACUUUCAAAGGUGACAUGUUGCGGGAAGCAAUCCAUAAGGGUGACCUCAACAGUGUCAAACAUUUGUUGGACAUUGGAAACAUCAAUUUACAAGAAAGAGAUGUGGAUGGUCACACCUUCUUAAUGUUGGCUGCAGAAAAAGGGGACUUGAGAAUUGUCCAUGAACUUUUGGAUGCUGAUAUGGAUGUCAAUGAUGUUGAUAAUGACAACUGGACAGUUCUUAUGUAUGCAGCUAAAGAAGGACAUCAAGAAAUUGUGAUAGAACUCUUGGAGAAACAUGCCGUUGUUGACCACAGAGAUUUGUGUGGUUGGACUGCUCUGAUGUGGGCCUGCUAUCUUGGUCAUCAUAAUAUAGUGAAAGAACUUCUACAGAAAAAUGCCAGUUGUAAUAUUAAAGCUGAGUAUAAUAUGACGUGCCUUGCAUGGAGUUCUGGGAGAGGCUACUCAGAGAUCGUCUCUGAUUUAUUACACCAUGGUGCUAAAGUUAAUGCCACAGACAAGUAUGGAACAACACCAUUGGUGUGGGGAGCUCGUAAAGGUUAUCUGAACAUUGUUGAAAAAUUAUUGGACCAUGGAGCUGAUGUGGAUAUCUCAGGAAUGAAUUCAUGGACAGCCUUACUUGUUGCUACUCGUGGUGGUUACACAGAAAUUGUGCACAAAUUAAUUGAGAGAGACCCCCAUGUUAAUGCAGUUGAUAAAGAUGGUUUCACAGCCCUUGCUAUCAGUGCCAAAGAAGGUUACACUGAAAUCUCGCAGGCUCUUCUAGCCAAAGGAGCUUAUGUUAACAUCGUUGAUAAAGCGAGUGAUACAAUAUUGAUUCAUGCUGUGAAAGGAGGUCACGUUGAUAUCGUCAAGGCCUUGCUUGGUAAACAUGCUGAUGUAGAUAUUGCUGGUUCGGAAGGUAAAACUGCACUCUACUGGGGCAUCGAUAAGGGCUACAAUGAUAUUGUCAAACAACUUCUGGCUAUGGACCCUGACCUGGAGAUCUGUAACAAGGAUGGUGACACUCCGUUACUGAAAGCUGUCCGACAUCGAAAUGAAGGAUGUGUGUAUAUGUUGCUGGAAAAAGGAGCCAAAGUAUCAGCUGUCGACAAGAAAGGGGACACCGCCCUUCAUAUUGCUCUGCGGGCACGGAGCAAAAGAAUUACCGAGAUGCUAUUACGGAACCCCAAAAACAGCCAGCUGUUAUACAAGGGCAACAAAGUAGGGGAGACACCUUAUAGUAUUGAUGCCUAUUACCAUAAAGGAAUACUAACACAGAUCUUUGGCCACAGAAACCUGAAUGCUAACGAUGCUGAAAACCUUCUUGGUUAUGAAAUCUACAGUAGUGCCUUGGCAGACGUAUUGAGUGAACCGUCAUUAAGUAUGCCGAUAACAGUUGGACUCUAUGCAAAGUGGGGCAGUGGGAAAUCUUUUUUAAUCAACAAAUUACAAAAGGAGAUGAAAUCUUUUACACAACAGAAUCAGAAAAUCAACUUCCAUUUCACAAAAACUUUGAUAUUCUUCCUCUUCUUCUUAAACUUUAUCAUCGGGUUUGGCCUCAGUUUAGCUUUCAACUGGAUUGUUGGGAUCAGUGUUGGAUUUGGAUUGUUAUUCUUACAGGCUAUCGUUUUUGCUGUAAUCAAAUAUUUUACUCACCGUUACUCCAACCAGUUCACUUUACGCAUAUCAUACAGUUUCCAACGACAGAUGAAAAGUUUGAAAAUGUUGCUGUACUUGUUGUUUUGGAACCCUCGCAAGCUGAGCUCCAAUGAAGUACCUCACGUCAGAUUUCUCUUCUCUGACUGUACUCGUUUGACAAGUGUUGGAGGUGAGAAGUCCCUAGCUGCCAUGAUUGGGACUCUUUGUGACGAGGCAGAGCGAUCUUAUGGUGUCGUAGUAGCUCGACUAUUCCGUAUAGUCAAGACACAGUCUUACAAAAAAGGCAAAGGUAAAUUUAAAACUGCCUGCUGCAUCCCUUACUUUGUGAUAGCGAUGUUGGUGUUUGUCUGUUUCUGUAUCUCUUUGUAUCUUAUCGUGAAGAACGGCACCAAGAACACGUCGAUAAAUGCAGCAACAAUCACUCUGUUCAGUAUAGUCGUCUUGUCUUUCAUUAUGAACAUCCGUACGUGGGGACGCGCUUUGCUAUCGCUGACUGUAUCACAGAAGAAACGGGUCAUUCGAGCUGCCGACCAACUCGAUCUGCUGAAGAUGGACGGGUUCAUGCAGAAAUUGAAGCACGAAGUUGAUCUCAUGAGUAAAAUGGUCCUCUGCUUAGAUUCAUUCACUGGAACUCAAACCAGACUUGUAGUUAUCGUCGACGGCCUCGACAGCUGUGAGCAGGGCAAAGUACUGAGUGUGCUGGACACAGUCAAGACUUUGUUCUCCGACGACAACUCUCCAUUUAUCACCAUUCUAGCUGUCGAUCCUCAUAUCAUCAUCAAAGGAAUCGAGCAGAAUCUUCGAGUGUCUGUUCUGGACUCCAAUGUUCAUGGUUACGACUACCUUAGAAACAUUGUACAUUUACCAUUCUUCCUACAGAGUCAGGGAUUACGGAUCCAGAAAAGGGACUCACUACUUUUCAGCUCAUUCAGUACGGCUGAUUACGCAGAUUCUCCAGGAAAACUUAAGCAUCAGGAACCAGCAGAAUCAAAACUGAAGAAGCUCAAACAAUGGCGUACAGCCAGUCUCCAACUGUCCAACACAACCACCUCAACUUUUGAUCUUUCACACACUUUGGUUAAAAAUGAUUACUUCAGUGAUAUCAACCCUCGAAGCAUGCGACGCUUAUUAAACAUCGUUGCAGUUACAGGACGUCUUCUCCGAGCAUAUGGUAUAGAAUUUAGUUGGUACCGCCUUGCCGCAUGGAUCAAUUUGGUGGAACAGUGGCCUUAUCAUGCCUCAUGGGUAAUUCUAGAGUUUGAAGAUACAGAAAACAUGGACGACUCAACAACAUUGAUUUCUAUUUACAAAAAAGUUGCAAACAAAAUUCCAACAUCCCGUGACAUUGAUCCUCUACUUGAAAUUGACAAAGAUGUCCGGAAACUGGAGGUUUUUCUUGCUAAUUCCAAUCGAAACCAACCAAUUUUGAAUGUUGGGGAUCUGAAGAAAUUCUUGCCAUGUACCAUUAAUUUAGACCCUUACUUAAGAAAACUUAUUCGAGAAACUAAAAAAAAUAUGGAUCUUCAACGAUCUGAAUAUUCUUAUAAUUCCAUUUAUCCUGUAAUACCUUCCGGCCCUUCACCAGCACCGUCAUUAAUUGGUCCUCGGGGAGAUGGAGACCUUGGUCUGCGAGGUUUAUAUCCUACUGUCUUACCUUCCUCAGCAUCAAAUCGUUUCAUGGCGCCAUGUAAUCAACCUAUUCCAAUGCCUCAUCCUACCAUGUUUACAACCUCAUCUGGUUCAUAUCUAAUAUCACAGCCAGCAGCCCCGCACCAGAUACCACGUCCACAUCAAUUGACGAUUCCACCAAUAUUGCCAAAGUCACAGAAGAGGAUCAGCAGUUACAGUGUGCAGGAUGUUUGCAACCUUCUCUCCAAAAUUCAAGGUAUUAAAGAAGAAAACCUCAUCACUUACUCCAAAUUGGUAGAAACUAACAACAUUAGUGGCCUUGUGCUUCUCUGCUGUGAUUUCGAUGAACUAAAAUGUGUCAUGUGUAUGCGAUUCGGAGACUGGCAGUUGUUUCGAGCUAUGGUUCAGGAAUUACGAGAUCAGGAAGUUGCUCAACUUUUGAGCCCUAAUUAUCGAUCAAACGCUGCAGAAACUCCUUCUUCAAGCCGGAACAAUCAUUUUUCACAAAUGAAAUCCAAACCCAGUGACCCUCAUUUGUCACGUAACCAAGAUUCAGAUUCCAUCUUAGAAUGUCCGUUAGAAGAGCAAUACGAGCAGGAAACUUCGAGCAGUCUCCUGUCUCCGAUCCAACCGAAACGUUUAAAUAGUAUUUACGCCCAGAUGGACAUGGAAUGUGGUAUGUUAAGGGAAGUAAUUGAAGAUUUUACAGAGACUGUAAUGGAUGAUAGCAAAAAUGAAAUGGAUGUUUCAUCUGAGGUGUCCAUCCAUACACAAGAUUCAAAGUAUCCGUUGGCACACUGUGCUCUUGAUAUCGAUACAGAAUUGGAUGACUUGAAGACAGACUCUCUGGCUGUGACAAGCAGUUUCUACUUAGAAGAUACUGAUGAAUCCCUUGAUCAAACGGACUCAGCUCCUCUCUUACAACAAGCCUCAAGUGACGACAUUUUUGCUUCCGUCACAUUGAUCCCCGCUAGUCGUUCCCUUGGACAGUUAAACACCCAUACUUUUGGUGAAUCUGGUUUGAAAUUACCCCAUUCUAAAGAAGUACCAUCCGAUCUUGUGUGUAACCGUCCUGUGGUGAUGAAGAUAGCUGAGUAUACAGACUCUACAGAUCCUAAUGCUGUCCCUACAAUGAUAUCCAUGCAAGACUUGCAACCACAGUCCACUUCUGACCAAUCUAGUUUUAUCCAAUUUGUCCAAGAUUCUAAAUCAAGAUCUGUACAAAACACAAACGCAAAAAGACGAUCCGGUUCGGGUGUAAUUGAUAUUGAAGAUCACGAAAUGCUAUAGAUGUAUCUGGUGAUAUCACACAGUUCAAAUAAUAUUCGCAGUAUUUUAUAAUUCCUGUGGAAAUCUUUAACUGGAGAUUGUUGCUAAAGCAACAACAAUUAGGAAAAGAACUAUCAGAAGUUAAUUAUUUUCAACUUCUAAUUAAAAUUGGGAAAGGGUAAUGUAAAACAUUGGAAAUAUAAAUAAAUGAUUCCAAUUGAAUUUAACUACA